UAUUUUAAAGAUAUAUAAUUAAAAGCUAUUCACUUUUUGAUAAAAUUAAAACAAAGCAAUCAACCAUUCAUAAAAUUAAGAAGAAUAAGAAGAACAAGAUCAAUAAAAAUUAAAAUAAUCAAAAUGAGCACACAUAAAAUUUAGGUUCUAUAAUUAUUUAAAGAAACUUUGAGAGCUGGAUUUGGAUUUAAGGAUUACAAUUUCAGGAAUUACAUUGUAAGAAGAGCUAAAGAAGAUUUUCGUAAAUAUAGCGCUCUUACCGACUAAAAUGAAAUAGCUAAACAAAUCUAAUUUGCUAAGGAAUAACUAGAAUUGCUUCAAAGGUAAAAGAUCAUACAGAAUUUGUAUUACUAACAAAAGAGUAUUAUUGAAAAGUGA